AUGGUCAACCCUUCGUUAUUCACUCAGGGAAUGGAGCGUCAGCUCGAAAAAGGACCACAGUCUCUGCCAAUAAACCAAGAAAUUCAGCAUAUUGACGUGGCUCGUGACUGGAGCGGACCAGACGAUCCAGAAAAUCCUCGGAAUUUCUCGUUGUGCAUGCGUCUUUUCGGCACCGUUACUGUGACUUCACUGGCCUUCGUGGUGGCCUUCGCAGGGGGAAUAUACGCUCCAGCUCAAAGUGAGUUGAUUAAAUCAUGGGGCUGCAACGACGAGACCGGCGUAUUGCCUCUUUCUCUCUACAACCUGGGACUUUCGUUAGGUCCCAUUAUAGGAGCUCCGCUCUCUGAAAAAUACGGCCGAAAGGCUGUCUACAUCAUCACUACUCCUAUCUUCAUUCUCUUCAUGACCGGAGCUGGUUUCUCGAACAGCAUUAGCAGUUUGAUCAUUUGUCGGUUUUGUGCUGGUGUUUUUGGGUCACCAAACAUCAACAAUGCUUCCGCCACAAUAUUAGACUACACGCCCGACCUCCACCGCGGCGUCGUUCUUGGAAUGUAUUAUUCCAUUCCGACCGUCGGUGCCACUUUGGGACCUCUUGUUGGUGGCUUUCUUAUUCAGGAACAUGGGUGGAGGUGGACACAGUGGGUUCCCAUCAUCGUUGCCGGUGCACUCUAUAUCCAGGUGCUAUUCACCAAGGAAACCUACAAAGCCGUGAUUUUACAACGUCGAGCAAUCAGACUGGGACUUAUGGACGCCUCGUCUCAGAGGAUCAGCGUGCUCAAAUCUUUUCGGCACUUCUUUGUCACCCUCAUUCAACGCCCAAUCCACAUGCUUUGCACGGAGCCGAUUGUAAUGUUCGUCAGCUUGUACAAUGGCCUCAUCUACGGACUUAUAUACGCAUUUGUGAUUUCUGUGCCCUGGGUCUCAAGGACAUAUUACAAUUUUGAUAAAACUGGGGAAGCCCUUUCCUACCUCGGUGUUUCACUUGGAAGUCUAAUUGCCUGCCUUCCAUUUGCAACUGUGGAUAUCAUGUUCUACCAAAAACACCUUCUUUUGUGGAAACGAAGUCACCCGGCAAAUGAGAAGAUGCCACCGGAACAUCGCCUUCUUUCUGCCUUGAUAGGCAGUUUCUUACUUCCAGCCUCCUUGCUUAUCGCUGGCUGGACAGCCGAGAAUCGCAUCCAUUGGAUUGUCCCGAUUUCCUUCCAAGGAAUGACCGCGCUUGCCUGUCUAUUGGUCUAUGCGGGCGCUAAUCUCUUCAUGUUGGAUUCUUACGGACCCCUCUACGGUGCCUCAGCCUCUGGCGCCAUGAUGUUCAGUAGGUACCUGUUGGGCUUUGCCUUUCCAAUGUUCACACUGCAAAUGUUUGAAAAACUGGGCGCAGGAUGGGCAACGUCCAUUUUAGCCUUGUUGACGUUCGUCAUGGCCCCCAUACCCUGGUGCUUUCUUGUGUAUGGCCCACGACUGAGGGCGGCGAGCAGAUAUGAAACAAGUGCUUGA